UUAAAGGGACAUGCUCGAAAGCAGCGUUCCAGCGUGAAGCUAAAAUCAAAUCAACAUUGUCGUGUUUACAGGCAACAGCGGAAAGCCGGUGAAAGGUAUAAAAGAAAUCGGUAGUUAGAUAUAUUGGUGGAAAGUGUGCUUUUUAUGUUAUUUUUCGAUUAAUCAGCCCGAGUUUUAAAUUGUAUGCAGAAAAUUUAGAGGAUCGCUCAUUUUAUAACAGUAAGAAUUUCAAGUAAAGAAUUAAUUCAUUUGGAUUUAAAUCUCGCUAAAAAUGAACAUGGAAUAGCUAUUUUUCUAGCUUUAAGUAUUAGGAUUCUUCAGUUCAAAAGUGAAAAAUGCCAUCUAAAUUAGAACAGCUUCAGCUGCAAUUUCGGCAGCGAUUGAUGCAAGAAAAGGAAGAGCGAAUGAUCAAAAUCCAUACUGAUAACCAACAGAAAGCUUUAACUAAAGUGUCAAAAUAUAAUGGGGCUGUCAAUGGACAAAGUGCUAUAUCAGUUCCUAAACUACAAACAACUAUUACACCUCCUCAAACUCAUCAUUCUCCAAUAAAGAAAGGUAGCCCAGGAGUUGAUCGAUCCCGCCCUCUUCCGCCCAUUUCAAAUGACCAACGAGCUAAUUCCAGUAAUCGUGUAAGUCCACUUAGUGCACCACAUGAAAAUACCGCAAAACCUGUAGCUACAAACUCUCGGUCAAAAUCUGUAGAUUUAGAAUCAAGACAAAGUCCACCUAGGAGUUUUCAGAAUUCUCGAGUACAGCCACGGAAUGGAUAUAGCAAGCAAUCAGAAGCCGAAUUCAAACAAUCUUCUCAACAGUUAGAGCCUGAGAAGAAGCCAGAUCCAGAUUUAUUGACUAGACUGAAACAGGCUGAACUCCAGCGUUUGAAAGCAAAUGCCAAGAUUCGUGAAGAUACACCGCCCAGAAAUGGUUAUACUGGAACAAUAACCAAGUCUUCCACUGAACAGAAAAAACAACCUAACCAGCCGCCUGUAAGUUAUACUACAGCAACGAAGCCAAGACCUAAAGCUCAGCCUACCGUAGCCACAGGACGCAAACCAGCUCCAAGUUCCAAGCCAAAUACUCGCACUUCUCAAGUUGGUGGAAGUGCAUCGGGUGGCGAAGUUGGCCGGAAACCUCCGGGUCCUGGCCAGAAGCAGUGCCAAGUGUGUGGCCGGAACUUCAAUGAGGAUCGAAUCGAAAAACAUGUUUCUAUCUGUAAAAAAGCGUCUCAGAAAAAAGUGAAGGUAUUUGACGCCACCAAGAUGCGUGUUAAAGGUACAGAAGCAGAACAAUUCGUCAAGAAGGGACUGCCUAAAGCAGAACCCAAACCCAAAAAAUCAGAUUGGCGUAAGCAGCAUAACGAGUUCAUUGAGGCUAUCCGCCAGGCAAAGAUGGUGCAACAACAUUUGGCAAAAGGGGGCAAGGUGAGCGACCUGCCCCCUCCUCCUCCAUCGGACACCUCCCAUUAUGUUCCUUGCCCACACUGUGGACGUAAGUUCAGUGAAGGUGUGGCGGAAAGGCAUAUUCCAAAAUGCAAGAAUAUAUUGUCGAACAAGAAAGGACCUGUUGCAUCGAGACGGAAAUAGACAGUGUUCUGGAAAAUUUGUACCUUUGCUUCCUGUGAUGUCCUUUUACAGCACAUGACACGGUUUUAUAUUGCGAUAUGAUGAAUUUCUGGUAUUUUAAUGUGGGAGACCGGUGUAUAAAUAUUUGCAAUUAUGUAAUAAAUAUUAAUUUUCAUUAGAUGUAGUUUUUAGUAUAUGAAACAUUUUAUUCCAUGUUUUGUUUUUGUGUUUUGUUUUGAUGAUAAUGUAAGUAUAUGACUGAGAGUGAAUAGUUAUUGAAAUUACAGGAGAUCUCUGCGAUCAGUUUUUCUUUAAAUAUCAAAUAAAUUUUCCGAAUGAUAUUCAGAAUAUUUUACUUGCAAGUUAUAUUAAUAAGUUUGGUAAAUUAAUAUUUUUAAAGUGCAGUUAAACAUUGCACAUUUUUUAUUAGAUAUUAGUCCUAAUCGCUUUCAAUGAAUUUUACUGUUUGUAAAGAUAUGCCUAGUCAUCAUUAAUAUCAAAAAACACAAAAUAAUUGUUUCUUUUUUAAGUUUUUUUUUUUUUUUUUUUUAAUUUUACGGAUAGAACAACAAUGUGUGUUCAUUCUAAGGUUGUGCCUUAACUGACUUCACUUCUUUCUUAUCUUUUAUCAGUAAAACAGUUCACGGAAUUUAGUCCUUCAGUAGUUAUGGUUUUGGGUGUAAACAUGACAGUUAUCUUGGAAAAAUUUUAUUUGAUGCCAUUUGUUAAGGUAUUUAUAGAUGCAGUGCUUAUGAUUAAGCACUGCAUUCCUAUUAGUUAUGCAUUAUUUUAUUUGUGUUCUUGCGUUACACAAUUUUUUUUUCAUUUGAUAAUUAUCAUUUGAUUUUUUUCAUUUGAUACUAACGGUCAAUUGUUUCGAUAUUCUUGGGUUACUUUUCAGAACAUCAGGAACUGUUACGUAAAGCUUGUGUUACACUAGAAGUAAGCUCUUUUUGUCUCUGUUAUAAACUAUUUUUAACAGAUUCUUUAAGGCACAGUUUUAAUAAGCAAGCAAACAGAGUAAUUGGUCAUAAAUACAUCAUAUUUUGGUGUUAGAAUACGAUUUUAUGUUUUAUAAUUCUUCUGCAAGCUGUUUGAGGUUUAAUAUACUGAUUUCUGGACACAUGAAUUUUUUACUGCAUCAAAAUUUCUAGCCAUAACGCGUAAAACUACACACAUUUCCUAAGGUUUCUUUUGAUAAGUCUGAAGACUUUAAAUUGCACAGGCAGUAAACUAAGUAAGGGAUGCAUUAUCGAUUAUUGCCCAAAUAAUUUUCAAAAUGAAUUCCUAUCCAUAUUAAAGAAGAGGUAUUCUUUUGAUAUUGAUUUCCUGCCUAUAAUGAACAUCUAAUCCAUAACUGUAGUACGCGUUUUGCUUAUAAUAUUUUUAAUGUGAUAUUUGAGAAUUUGGGAAUUCACCUUGAUUUCAUGUGUGAAUAAGCAGCGGAUUUGUUUUAAUUAAUUCGUCUGAAUUAGAGCUCAUAUGGGGAAGAGUGGAAAAUGAUAGACAACCUUUGGUUACAUCAAUUUUUCACUGCUGAAAAGCUAGAAUGUGAUCGCUCAGACGUUCAUAUGGAAGACGAUUUUAAUGGGAACUUCAUGAUUGAGACUGUUGACAAUUUGACUAUUGACAGGACUGUUGAUAUCUUUAAUUUUCAUUGUGGACUGGAGUGGUGCAAUGAAAUUAUGAAAGUACGUUUUAAAUCAUUUAAAUUAGGGAGCGAAGACUUUUAAUAUUCGAUCUUAGGAUGGCGUUUUAUAUGUAUAUGUAACUGUAAAAUUCACUGGAUUAAAGGGUUAUUUCCUAGAACCUAUUUCAUCUGGUUUCGGCAGAGAGCCUUCAUAUGUUUUGCGGUAUUAAAUAAUUAAAUUCGUCGAAUAUAUUUAACUGUUUUGUACAGUACGGCUAACAGUUUUAGAUGUGCUAAACUACCUAGAAAAUCAUUUCUUGAUGUAGUCUUAUUCUCGAUGAUUUUUUUAAAUUUAAUGAUAAUUAUUUUAUUGAAUCGAACAAGUGCCUUAACAAGAAAUCGUAAUGCAAACUGUUUAUUGAUAACAAAUAUUUAUAUUAGGUUUCUUAAGACUAAUUAAACGAGUGACUUUUGUCAUUUUAAUUUGUUACCGAAUGUUGAGAAUCUGUGUCCUUCAUCCUUGUUUUUCAUAUUAAUAUUUUUCUUUAUUUACGUUAAAUUUUAUGAAUGCAAACGAGAACGUUUAAUUUCUGGUUAGAUCACUGAGCUUCAAUUUGGUUUCUUCAUAUGGAACACAUGGUAUGGAACCAGUUAAAAGAGAUUUAUGUUAAAUGAUUUUUUGUCAGGGGUUUCUUUAGUCAAAGUUUAAUGUUCUGCUUAAUAUGGAAUGUUUUUCAUCUUUCUCUUCUUUGCUUUUCUUAAUAAGAAUCUGUUUAACUGAAUUGACUUGGAAACCUAGAUAACAAACUGCGAAUUGAUAUUACAGUCAAAAUUGAUGUUACAGUGAAAAUAGAUUAUUGUUUGCUAAUAAUGCGUUUAUUAAUGUGUUUUACUAAUUAAUACCAGGAAGACUAGGUCUAUCGACUCCCGGAACUCAUGGAACUAUAAGGUGUUUUCGGGGAUCCCCCAUCCCACCGUUAGAAAAAUACAUCUUAAACUAAUAUUUAAAGUAAAUCAAUAUGUUAUGGUAUUUUGUGUGACGACAAUUAAUAUUUUAUAUUAAAAUUUUUUUACAUGAAAAUUAGUGUAAUUUAUUCAUUAACAGCAUUAAUUCGUGCUCCAGAUGUCACCUCUUGCGUCAUAUGUAGUGACUGGGGUGUGCUUGCAUUUUAAGGGCCGUUCCCACUGGGCUUUAUCUGAGCUAAUGGAGUCAGUUCCAUGUGUCGACUAGCUCCGCUAUGCCUGCAGUUCAGAUUCUUCAACUUGCUGCCCUAUGGAUAAAAAAACUGGUUUUGGAGAUGGACCGGCUCAAUGGAAUGGAGAUGGGUCAGCUCAGGUAAACCUCAAUGGGAACAGCCCUUUAAAGAUAACUAAAUGCAUCUUUUAGUUAAUUUUACGUAAUAAACACUAAUUAGUGUGAGUGCUUUAUAGUUUUCUUUUCGAAUUUUUUAUUUCGAUUCGCGGAACCCCAGGCUUUGACUCACGAAACCCCGGGGUUCCGUUGAACACAGUUUGAAGACCACUGAUCCAUAGCAAAGUUUCAUAUGCUGUGUGCCACGUGUUAAAUUAGCAACGUAUCUGUGAUGAUUCCAUUUAAUUUCUUUGUGUUUAAAUUAUAGUUCCUGCAUUAUUUUUGUGAAUUAUAGUUUGUAACUUGUCUGUGUAGAUUAUGUUUUACCCGAUACUUUGCGUAUUGUAGAUGCUGCUAAUUAUAUAUUGGUAUGUAAUAUAUGUUUUUAACUAUUGAUAUUAAUAAUUCUUAUUAUUUUCAACAUGCUAUUAGUUUCGCUGUUUUUUAUUAGAAAUGAGGAGGCAGCAUUAUUUUACUGGUGAAAAAUAAUUUUAAUAAAGAAAUAAUUUUGUAUUA